AUGGCUUACAAACCUGUGGAAAGACUGACGUUCUUUGAAAUAUUUAAGGCACGUUGCAGUGAAUCAGACCUGGGGCCUAUCAGUCUCAAUUGGUUUGAAGAACUCAGCGCAGAAGCACCCUUAUAUGAGCCUAAAUUGUUAGGAGAACUUGAUGGUCCCAUUGGCUGGCUUGAUCAAACAUCUUUUAAAACUCCAAGAGCAAAACCCUCCACAUACAGUCAGCUGGCAUCAACUCCACUGAUUUUUAAAGAAGAAAAUAUGAUAUUGCCACCUUAUUCUUCUCCUGGAAAAGAACUGGAUCAGAAAAAAAUAGGAGCAAGCAGAGAGAAUUUUAUAAGCCCAAGUAUCACAAGAAGAAAGAUAGAUCAAGAAAAUGAAAUACUUGCUUCUCCUCCUGGUACCUGCCGCAACUGCCUUGCUGCUAGUCCAACUGUUUUAAGGAAUACUUACAGAACACCUCAGAGAAAUAAUAUGCCUGGACCAUAUGUGAGCUUGUUUUGCACACCAAAACUUCUGGAGGUCAGAACUCCAAAACGUAUUUCUGAAAGUCUGGGAGCAGAAGUAGAUCCAGAUAUGUCCUGGUCAAGUUCUUUGGCCACACCUCCUACACUGGGUGCAACGGUGAUAAUAGCUAGAGAGAGUGAUUCUGUUUCUGGAGCAAAGCGACAGGAUGAAAGAGCUGAUAUAAUUUUGCACAACUUGUUUUCCGACCGUGAUAAAUGUCCUGGGAUGAGUGACAAAAGUAUGCUGUCUGUACCAGAGGCAGUAAAGCUAAAUGCUGAAGAUGACAUCAAAGAUUUUGAGUCGGAGAUGUUCGAUGGCUUAUUUGGUGAGAUGAAUAGCUUUGAGGAUACAUUCAACAUGCCUCCUAAGUCCAAUGGAACCCUCCAGCUGAUGCCACAUGCUCUGGAUGCAGUAGAGAAAUGUGAAAUAAACACAGAUAAAGCACAAGGAAAGGGUCAUGUUCCUUCCAAGCGGUCUAUUAGAAAGACUGGUAUUUCACAGGAAGUGAAAACUAGCUUGACUGAAAAAAGCCACUCACUUGAAAUGAAGGAUUCUUUACUCCAAAUCACAGAUGAAGAUACAGAGGAUGGUAAAGAUGGCUGUUUAAUAGGACAUGAAGAGGAAUUGGAGUCACUUAGGAUUGCAGGAGAUGCACAAAAUUAUAGAACACACAAGUCAUCUGAGAACGAGAAGCCUGUGACAGAAGACGUGCCAUCUUCAAGCCAGUGGUCUCAACUGAACUUAUCUGAUCUUGAUGUAACUCACUUGGAAAUGUCUACAUGUUGCUCUCCACCCUCUGACUUAUGUAGAGAGACAAAUUUAGAAGAGAAUUCAGUACUAAUGACCCAGGAUGAUGCUGUGGAAACAUCUUUACUGAAUACUUCAGGCUUGAUAAAAGCACAAAAGCUCUUAAGUGUCAAUUUGUCAGAAAAGUGCUAUGAAGCAAAAAAUUCUGAAAACAACUCAACAUCGGAAAUAACUCCAGUAAAAUCCGUGCCUCUGAGUGUUCAAGAUCCAAAGUUAGUAAAAGGAUGUGCAGCUGAGAAGGUUUCCAAAAUAAGCUUCUUAAACUGUAAUUCUUUUUUAAUUGAAAGUACAAAUGUCGCGGAGUAUUCUGUAGUCUACAAUGGCAGCUUUUCCAAGCAUUUAAAAGCAACUUCUAAAUCUAUCAUCACUGACGUUCUGUCUCACCCACUUGUAUGUAGUGCUACAUCUCCAGAUAAUUGCAAUGAUCCACAUUCAAUAAGUAGUGAAAAUACUCUUAAAAAGUCUGGCUUUAAACGGCUGAAUAUGUUAUCCAGCUUAAGAAAGAGAUCCAAGAGAUUUAUAUAUACAAUCAAUAAUACUUUACUGUAUCAAGAAGAAAAAAUAGAGAAAGAAGUAACCUCUGAAUCACCUAUUCAUCAUGUAUUACCACGUUUAGAAUCUGAUUCAUAUGAAUUUAAAGGCUGUCAUGUGGCCAGUGUUGAUGAGCAAGAUUGCUUGCUUCUUGCUGAGAGAAAGCGUUUGCAACCGAAGAUCAACGAAAAUAAUUUCAGCACUUGUGCUUUAAAAAUGGAUAGAAUGGGUAACUCAUCUGAUCAUUCCCUCAAUGACAGGCUGAAGCAACAAGACCUGAGAGACUUGAGGGAAAAUGCAAGAGAGGGCCAACCUGCUGCAUCAUUAAAACGCUUAGAAGUAUCUAAUACACAGGAAGAAGACAAAACAAAUUCUUUAAGUAGUGAAAUAAUUUCAAAUAUAAAACGUAAAGUUCUAACUUCAGCAUGCCUAAUGGCAAGAAAGCGUUCCAGACUUCUCCCUAAAAGCUGUUGUUUAGAGAAAGGCGAAGAAGACAAGUACAUGAGUGCUAAUGUGAACAAUGGAGCUACUGUACCUCGGAGCCUGAAAGAAGAACUUGCGUGGUCUUCUCCUAGGGAUAAUGAACACUUGAUUGAUGUGCACCAUGACACUAUGUCUGUGACAAAUGGUAGUUUCAAUAACUCUGUGAGUCAGAUCAACUUUGGCCUAAGUGGAGUCAGUAGUGACUGUUGUAAUAAAAUGUCAACUGAUAAAAGGCAUGGUACAGACCAGUGGUCACUAGUUGACUGUAGAGAAGUACUUGGACCUUUGGGAAUAAACUGCUCAGAAAAUGAUAGUACUGAAUUAAAACAAGGGGAGAAAACAUAUGCAGCUGCCUUUUCAGAAGUUGUAGCCAACAAUGAAGAGCCAAAGUCAGUUGAAAACAAUGAAAGCCCUCAAGCAGCUGCUUUCAAUAAUGUAGCUGUAGAGACUGCUAAUGAAUUGUUAGAUUGUAUAGAUGAUAAUUCUUUAAAUGAAGUAUUUUCUGAAAAAGAUAAGCAAGGAGCACCUAUGUAUUCCAGCAAAAAGCCAAAUGACAACCUAAAGUACAAAGGGAAAUCAUCAGUAAAUCUUAAUGUAUGCAGUGUGAAUCUGGGCUUUGGUGGCUUUCAGACUGCUUCCAAUAAGCAGAUUAAAUUCUCUGAAGUCAGUAUAGCAAAAGGCAAAAUGCUGUUCAAAGAUAUUGAAAAUGAAUGCUCUGAAGCCUAUUCCAUGGAAAGAGUCAGAAACUUUUCAAAUCAAGUUAAAAAGGAGAAUAUGUUUUUCUCAGAUUCAGAAAGCAAGUUGGGCUCUAAUUUAUCUGAUUCUUUAGAUUCACAGACAAGUUUUCUUGAGCCCAGGCAUACACAGUUUAUUCCAGAUAAAGUUGGCUUAUGUAAAAGCUUUCCUAGAAGUCCACAAUCCUUGCAAGAAACAAAUCAAACCUUGACAGCAAGCCAAGAAGCUGAAAUUGCUGAACUUUCGAGUAUCCUGGAAGAAACAGGUAGUCAGUUUGAAUUUACACAGUUUAGAAAGCAAAGUAACGUGAUACAAAGUCAUGCCUUUCAACAAUUAGGAACUGUAGAAACACGUGGAACAAAGAAUGUGGAAAAUAUUUCUGAAGCAAGGAAAGAUGCUGAUUUUUGUAACACUUUUAAAUCUGAAAAUCAAGUAAAAAGUGACAAGCAUUUUACUAUGCAGGAAGACACAAAUGAAGACUCUAAAGUGGUGGAAUAUGAGAAAAAAAAUGCGGUGGUUUUCCAUAAAAAUGACGGAAAGGUUACUUUUACUAACUCAGACAGAACUGAAGGUAGAAUAUCUGAUGAGAGAUUUCCAGUAGCUAAACAGGACAGCUUUUCUAAUUUUGUAGGCUUUACUUCAGCUGGAGGUAAAAAAAUAAACAUUUCUAAGGCUGCUUUGAACAGAACUGCAGAGCUCUUCAGGGACUUGGAUGAUGAUUACUAUUUGUUUAAAUCUUCUGGAACUAGUGCUAGAUGUCACGGUUCAAAUGGGCGUAUGUCUUCUAACUGUAAUUUUGUCAGGUGCCUGACAAAAGAAAACAAAGGAAAAACAGUUUGUGUUUCAGAUAUCAAAAGCAUAGAUGCCAUUUCCCCCACAGGUUCUUUUUCCCACCAUGCACAGAAAAAAAAUGAGGAAAAUAUUAGUACAUUGUUUAAGGAAAAUAUGGAAAAUCAGACAAAAAGCUCAAUAAAUUAUUCUGAAAAUGUUAAUUUCAAUAGUACUAACACUAUCAUCAACAGUUUAUCAUCCAUUAAAAAGCAUAACCAGGAUCAUAAAAAUUCCAAACUAUUUUUGAAUCAAGGAGCUUGCCAAGUUGAAGGCAGUCUGCAAGAAGACUCGUUAGAUGUAACAUGUCUAGGAGAUGCUCUUACAACUGCAGAAGAACAUAGUUUAAGUAUAUCAGAUGAAAACCUGUCUCCUAAUCAGAAAGGAGAAGACAGAAAGCAGGAAAAUGAACACUUGUCACAAAAAUUUCGAACUCCAGCUGGUGGUGAUAUAUCCAUUUCCAAUGCAGCUUUGGAUAAUUCUCUUCAAUUGCUUAAUGUAAAAUGUGGAGAAAGAGAUGUAAAUGUUUCGGAGAACUCUGAUAAAGAAAAGACAAAUAGUAAAAAUAUGGAAGGAGAAGACACCACCCAUGAUAAGAUCCUGUUAGUGAAUGAAAGCAGAAUAAAAGAAGGUUCUUACUAUCAUCAUCAAAUACCUUUCCAGCAAGAGGUGGAUGUUGAAAAAAAUGAAGUGAAGGGGAGUUAUCUGACUGGUUUUCAUACUGCUAGUGGCAAGAAAAUAACAAUCGCUGAUGGAUUUUUGGCUAAAGCUGAAGAGUUUUUUUCAGAAAGUGUUGAUUUCAGAAAGGAACAUGACAGUUUUGAGAACCCCUUAAAGAAAAAUAAAUGUGGUAAAGACUGCGACUUGCGUAUUGAAAGCAUCGCUCAGUGUGAUCCAGAAAAACUUAAUUUUAAUAAAAAGCUUGUUCCUGAAGAACCAGGAAAUCAAUUUAAGCAGACGAUAGAGAGCAGUCCCAUUAACCACGCUGUGAUUCUUGAUACUGUUGAAGUAGAUAAAUUGGUUAAUCCAGGUGAAGAUUGUGAAAAAAGUUUGGUAAAUUCAUAUGCACAUAAAAAAGCUGAUGUCGGACCUGCAAAGUCAGAAUUGGAAUCUCUUCCCAGACAGCAGAGUGAAGCUUUAAGUAGAACUCAGACGUCUGAAAAUGGAAAACUGUUUGUGGAGAGAGUGACAGAAUACUCAGCAAAAAGGAGGGAUGAUUCAGAAAACAUGCAAGAUUUUCCUGUGCACUCUGCUGCAUCUCUGCAUUUAAUGAAGGUAUCAAAUGACCUCGAAGAUAAAUCUGUGCCUGGAGUUACAAAAAAUACUUUAUUUGUUGAGGAUAGUAACAAUAAAUCUAAUCAAUCCCUCCUUUUAACUUCAAAAAGUAGCUCUUCUCAUUUGAACAGUGACAGUAAGGAAUUUGACUUGGAAUAUUUAAAUGAACCUCGUGCUGAUACAAACUGCUUCACAGACACCAUAGUUAAUGCUUGCCAAAACCAGUCACUAGUCAGUCUUCCUGAAGAUGAAACUAAUUUACUUAGCAGCUUAAAAGAAACAGUACUUAAUGUUGAAAAUCAAAAGGGUGAUCUGAAACAAACUGUGUUUAGUACAGCAAAAGGUAAAGCAGUUUCUGUUUCAGAAAGUGCAUUAGUAAGAGUCAGACAAAUGUUUCAAGAAGACUACAGUGAAUCUGUAAAAUGUGAAAUUGAGACUAACUCAAGAAUUAAUCAAACAGAAAUUGCCAGAAAUUCAUCUUCAGUCAUUCAUGCUAAGUGUUCUAAUUCCACUAAGUUUUUAAAUGCUACAAGAAGUGAAGAGAUUAAUUCAGCCACAUUCCAUUUUAUUAAAGUAGAUGCAAGUCCUAGUGAAAAUGGUCACCAAGAUACAAGCACAUUUGCAGAUGCAAAGUCUGUUUCAAAUUCUCAGAGGCGAUGCUUUGAACAGAGUAUUACGCCUUUAGGGCAGUUGCCUGUUUCAGAUAAGCAGAUAAAGCAGCCAGAUUCUUCUAUAAGCAGCCUUGGAUUUUUUAGUACAGCAAGUGGUAAGCCUGUACAACUAUCAGAAGAGUCACUCAGGAAAGCUAGACAGAUAUUUUCUGAAGUGGAAGGUAUUCAUUCAUUACAUGUAGAAGAAGCAUAUUUAGUUGAGGAAGGUGCUGAAAAGUCUGAAAUGCACUCUGAAGUAGUUCCUAGGAAAAUGCAGAUAGCGUUCCCAAAAGGGGAAGAAAAUGCCAGUGCUGAAUUGAUUUCGGAUCCAGUUUUUGGGUUCAACACUGCAAGUGGAAAGCAGGUAACAGUCUCUAAAAAUGCCUAUCAAAAAGCAAAGGCAAUUUUAAAAGAAUCUGAUGGCUUUUUAAGCAGUGGGCUUUGCAUUACAGAUCAACUUAGUUCAAUUAAAGAGAGUGGUCAACAUGUAAACACUCUAAAUGAUAAAGUGAUCCCAGAACCCAAAACUGAGAAAAGCUGCAGUCAAGACAUUGACUUAAAAAGCAUCUACCCUGAGGAAAUGAAGUCUUUUCCAAGCACUCACCAGGUCAAAAUGCCUGAGUACAUACCACAUAGUAAGAAAAACAAGCAGUUAACAUUAUUUAAAAAUAGCUUGCAGCAAGAGGAGACGAGGUGUUUUGGAAAAGGGCAGCUGAAUCUGGGGAUGAAAACAGAGUCAGAAGCAGGUUCAUGCAGUGCUACUGCUAAAGCACAAACGAAUAUUAAUCUUCUCGAAACUCCAAAAAAUUACUUGGAAGUGGAGGCUGUAGAAAGUGCAAGAGCUUUUAUGGAAGAUGAUGUUUCACAUUCUGGAACACAAAUUAAUGCUGCACAGUCCUUCAGUGGCAGGCUGGAUAAAAACUUUCAAAAUAAGUCCUUUGGGAAGAGGCACUUUGAAGAAAAAAACUCACUUGGAGAGCCUCCAAUUAAAAGACAGCUACUGCUUGAAUUUAACAGAACAAAGAAUCCCCCCCGAUCUUUGAAAGCUUUGAAAAGCACCCCUGAUGGCAUUUUCAAAGACAGAAGAAAAUUCAUAUACCAUGUUCCUUUAAAACCCAUAACUUGUCAACCUUUUGGGGCUACUAAAGAACGACAAGAAGUCAAGAAUCCUACCCUUACUCUACCAGAUCAAGACUUCAAAGGAUUCAAAUCUAAACCUGCCAUUUUUCAGCACCAUGCACUAUGCCACUCUUCAAAUGGUACUUCAGGGUUUUCUACUCCACAUAAGGACUCUGCAAAAGACAGCGAAGAAACGAGAAGUUUGUAUAAGUCUGGCAAAACUGUUAAAACUUUUAUUCCACCCUUCAAAACCAAGCUGACAUUUUCUACAGGUGAACAAGGCAGCAGCAAAAGAUAUGACUCACCAAUCAGCGAAAAUAUGACUGAAGAGACGGAAUUAAAUCAGAUCACAACUGAACAAAAUAUUGCUGAAUCUCAAGAUCACCAGUCUUGCAUCCAGCAUGCAGCAGACACUGAGCUAGAAGAUGGCAAUUUAGCUAUGGUCAAGAUGAUGACAAAUCUCCGCUGUGCCAGAGAUCUGCAGGAAAUGAGAAUUAAAAAGAAAUAUAGGCAAAAUAUUAGCUCACAGCCAGGCUGUCUUUAUGUCAUUAAAACAUCUGCAAGAAAUAGAAUCUCUCUGAAAACUGCAGUAGAAGAGAAAUCUCCUAGAUUUUAUUCUACGGAAGAGCUUUACACAUACGGUGUUUCAAAACAUUGCACAGAAGUUAACAGCACAAAUGCAGAAUCUUUCCAAUUUCUCAUCAAAGACUUUUUCAGUAAGGAGUAUUUAUUAGCUGGAAAUGGGAUGCAACUUGCCGAUGGAGGAUGGCUAAUACCUACAGAUGAGGGAAAAGCUGGGAAAAAGGAGUUUUACAGGGCCCUUUGUGACACUCCUGGUGUGGAUCCCAAGCUAAUAACAGAGGCCUGGGUUUACAAUCACUAUAGGUGGAUUGUAUGGAAAUUGGCAGCCAUGGAAGUGUCUUUUCCACAUGAAUUUGCUAACAAAUGUUUGACACCGGAAACAGUGCUGUUGCAGUUGAAAUAUAG